GUGGAGAUGCACAAAGAAGCCCACCGGUCGCAUUUACGCUCAGUUAUGUCGAGUUUGUGCCAGAGAUGCGAGAUGGUUGUGGGAGUAGUUGUUAAAUAGAAAACUAGCAUAUAAACAGCAACAUCAGGAAGUACUUUCAGGAAGUAGUUUGCUACUGUGUUUGAGUGACAGCUGUGCUGUAGUGACAGCCCACACGGGACGGCAGCCCGCAGAGCCGAGCUGAUACUCAAGAUGGCAGGUCUAUCUUUAUAUUUUGAAGAUAGCCAUGAUGAUCUGGAUGAUUUUGGAUUUGAUGAUUAUGGUUCAGAGUGUGACGGCAUCCGAAUCACAGCGUUCCUCGAUGCUGGACAAGACAACCUAACUCCUCUUGGGAGGCUAGAAAAGUAUGCCUUCAGCGAGAAUGUCUUCAACAGGCAGAUCGUGGCUCGUGGCCUGCUUGAUGUGCUUCGAGAGUUCAGUGACAAUGAAAAUGACUUUAUCAGUGUCAUGGAGACAGUUGCCAGAAUGUCAGAAGAUGGAGAGCCCACAGUGCGAGCUGAGUUGAUGGAGCAGGUUCCAAACAUUGCCAUGUUUUUGCACGAGAGUCGGCCCAACUUCCCUGUCGCUUUCUCGAGAUACUUGGUACCAAUUGUAGUCAGGUAUCUCACUGAUCCAAAUAACCAGGUGCGAAAGACGAGUCAGGCUGCACUCCUCGUUCUACUGGAGCAAGGCCUCAUCUCUAAAGCUGACAUGGAGACCAAAGUUUGUCCAGUUCUGCUCGACCUAACAGAGCCCAGCAGUGACGAUGACUACAAAAUCGAAGCAGUAGCUAUUAUGUGUAAAGUAGUCACCAUGUUGAGCAAAGACACAGUGGAGCAUCUGUUGCUGCCACGUUUUUGUGACCUUUGCAGUGAUGCCAGACUCUUCCAAGUGCGCAAGGUGUGUGCAGCCAAUUUUGGUGAAUUUUGCUCUAUCGUGGGACAGGAGGCCACAGAAAAACUACUGAUGCCCAAGUUCUUUGAUUUGUGCUCAGACAGCCUUUGGGGCAUUAAGAAAGCUUGUGCUGAGUGCUUCAUGAUGGUUUCCAAUUCCACCUCCCCAGAGGUGCGACGCUCAAAACUCUCCCCCCUGUUCAUCAACCUCAUCAGUGACCAGUCCCGAUGGGUGCGUCAAGCUGCCUUUCAGUCUCUAGGGCGAUUCAUUUCUACCUUUGCCAACCCCUCCAGCACAGGGCUUCACUUCAGAGAGGAUGGCGCCCUACCAGAGGUUCCCAGGUGUGCAUUAGACAGCAACUGCUCCCUAAACUCCCUGAACUGUGCAGAUAUUAGUGGCUGCCACACCGAGAGAACCAUUACCCACACACCUCCUAACCAGGAUGGGCGUGCCACACCAUCGCCAGAGCAUGUGUCGACAGCUGACUGUGAAGACUUGCACAACUUUGAUGACAACCACACUUAUGUUCCUGGAAACGCACCUGACAACGUCGGUCUCACAAACAACAGAGACAGCCCCACGGUUACAAACAACGCAAAAAACACAAAAGAGACGGAGCAGACAGAUGAGAACUUUAAUUCCUUUCACUAUUGGAGAUCUCCAUUACCAGACAUCAGUGGGGAACUGGAGAUGCUAAAUUGUCAGACAUCAGAGGUAGUGAUGGAAAAAGAGGAAAAGAAAGAGGCAGAAGAGGAGAGAGAGGAAGAAGAGAAUUGUCCAGAUUCCAAGUCUAGCCAUGGCAAAGCUACCAGUGACCAAAUCCAGAAGGUUUUGGACUGUUUGCAACCGCACAUAGCUGAUCCUGAUGUACAAGCUCAAGUCCAGGUGUUGUCAGCAGCUCUGAAGGCAGCCCAACUCGACAGCCCGACUGAGUCGCAGCCAGAGGGGCAGCUGGAGAGCAACAGCGACAGCCCAUCGGAGGAGAGAGCUUCCCUGGAGGAGGCUCCGUCAGAAAGUGAGGAGAUUUGCACAGAAGAGGAGCAGGAAGCAGAAACUCCUCCUGCCUCAGAGACAUGUCCAGUCCAAGAGCAAGGACACGAGGAGACACAGACAGAGCCCCUGGAGGACCAGGAAGAGUCUCUGUCCCCCUCCCCUGUUCUGGAGUCUGAACUAAUCGAGAGUGUGGAGGAGGAGGGAAAGGAGGACUGUCCUCUCAGCCCAACGUCUGAGGAUAAGCCUAAAAUCCAGAAUGUCAUCCCCCAGCAGCUACUGGAUCAGUAUCUCUCUAUGACGGACCCAGCCCGGGCCCAGACGGUGGAUACAGAGAUAGCCAAACACUGUGCCUUCAGUCUGCCGGGGGUGGCGCUCACUCUUGGUCGACAGAACUGGCACUGCCUCAAGGACACAUAUGAAACCCUCGCUACUGAUGUGCAGUGGAAGGUGCGGCGUACGCUGGCCUUCUCCAUCCAUGAGCUAGCAGUUAUUCUGGGGGACCAGCUGACAGCAGCUGAUCUGGUGCCCAUCUUCAAUGGUUUCCUCAAAGACUUGGAUGAAGUCCGCAUUGGCGUCCUCAAACACUUGUAUGACUUUCUCAAGCUGCUGCAUGCCGACAAGAGGAGGGAAUAUCUGUACCAGCUGCAGGAGUUCAUGGUGACCGACAACAGCCGCAACUGGAGAUUCAGAUAUGAGCUGGCAGAGCAGCUGAUCUUGAUCAUUGAAUUGUACAGCCACUACGACGUGUAUGACUACCUCAGACAGAUAGCUCUCACCCUCUGCUCUGACAAAGUCUCUGAGGUCAGGUGGAUCUCCUACAAACUGGUGGUGGAGAUCCUUCAGAAACUUUAUGCAUGUGGGGCCAAUGACCUGGGCCUGAACUUCAUCAACGAGCUCACUGUCAGGUUCUGCCACUGUCCCAAGUGGGUGGGGAGGCAGGCCUUUGCUUUCAUCUGCCAGGCCAUUGUUGAGGAGGACUGCAUGCCCAUGGAUCAGUUCAGCCAGCAUCUCUUGCCCAGCCUUCUUAGCCUCUCCUCAGACCCGGUGGCUAAUGUUCGCGUACUGGUGGCCAAGGCUCUGCGACAGAGCGUGAUGGAGAAAGCAUACUUUAAGGAACCGGGCUGUGCCUAUUCCGACGAGCUGGAGGAGACCGUGAUGACUCUGCAGUCUGAUAAGGACCGAGACGUCCGAUUCUUUGCCAGCCUGGACCCAAACAAAGGCCUGAUGGACACGGCUCCUUUGAUCUAGCCCCAGCUCCCCGACCCAACCAUGGCCCACCUGCCUGUCUUACUUACCUGUCUGCCUGGCUGAUGCACAGACAGAGUCAAUGUAACCUGCAACACCAGCACCUGACCAGAUCCCAAACAAUACGGAAGUAUGAGCAUGCUCAAACAACACAACUGUCUCUCUGUUUGGGCUGUACAGAGCGCACAAUUAAAUAAAAAGAAAUGCAAAGUUCUUAAGUUUCCAGAAAAUGAGCAGGACUCUGGUGGCUGCCAUAGCUACGCCUCAGCUUCUCUCCCCACCCUCCUCCACACUAACAUCAACCUCACCACAGACUAGUAAAACUACGACAGGCUGACACUCUCCAAAGCUAGUUCCAAGCUUGAUAUAAAUUUCAGACGAUUUGUCUUUUCUUAAUUCUUCUUUUUUGUGGAUUUUUUAGAAACAAGCAGGCGAGGCCUGCCUGGCUGAUGUGUGCACUAACUCAGGGGGACUCAUCUGAACCUAAACAGCAUUAUUAAGCUCAUGUUGUACACAGCAGCAGCUCCUAAAUCCCAGGUGAAAAACCUCCAGCUGUCUGAGCAACAGACCAGCCAAACCACGUAGCUCUGCUGGUCUAUCGCCUCAUUUCCUCCUACAAGCCUGUCAUCUCAGACAUCCUUUGUGUUGUGAGGUAUGCUCUGGGUUAUUGUCUGAUCCCUUUUCAUAUCACUCUUUUCUCUUACCUGGUCUUAAUGGGCCGCAGAAACCACUACUACUGCACAGAGAGAAUGGCAGUUCGCCACUCAACAUGAAUAAAACCAUAUCUUUGUUGUUUUUUUUGUUUUUUUUUUUCUUAAAUCGCCACUCUGUGUCUGUUAACCAAAAAUGUGACACAAUGCAUCUCCCAGAUGGAGACUAAUAAAAUACCUCUGUUUGGACAUGACCGGCCAGUGUGUCACCCACAUGGAGGGACAUCCACGGUUCAAACAGGCUCCGAAUGUCCUCACAUGGUGGUUUUAUUUUGUUUUCUCUGAGUAAUUCUUUGGUGUUGAGAAAACAUCUGCAACAAGGGCUCACGAUGAAGUGACACAGGGUGACGUAAAACUCAGAAGUCGAAGAAAGCAAGCACACUGUUUGGAUAAUGCAUGUUUCCCCUCCUUCAUCCUCCCCCACGUGUAUAUUCUGUGCCACUUCCUUGCGGUUGACUUCCUGAUAUCAAAAUGCGACCAUGGUUGCUUUCAGCGGAUCUGACUGACCAGUUGUACAGUAGAAUAUAGUAAUGGCUGUGUUAGGAGACUGAAAGACACCUGAUCAUAUUUCCCUGUCUUGGUGAAAUUACUAUGAGAUUUUCCUUUUUUUUUUUGUUUUUUUGUACAGCUUGAACCUGUGGAAAAAGUGUGUUAAUGGAACCAAGGCCAGUUUAGUCGAGACGUGUGUGAAUAUUGGGAGCAGUCACCAAGUCACUUUUGUUGCAGUCUUUUGAGCUCAUUUCUUUCCCUUUGUUGUAAAUGAUCCCUUCCCCUCCCUCCCCCCCAUUUAUUUUUCUUUAAU